GGAGUACUAAUGCUGCAACAACCUGGUUAAUGUAAUUUUACAUGCCUCAGAGUGUGAGCUGCAGUAGUGAAGCAGUGUUGUUAGUGAAUAAUUUAAACUGGUUAGUGAGAGGCAGUAAAACUGCUUCCUAUUCCCACACCACUGUCUCAACAUUCUGUAGGUAAUUAGAAGUUUUAAAUAAUUGUGUCUCUUAAAUCAAAGUAAAAUAUUACCUUAAUUUGUUUUUAUUCAGUUUUCUUGGAAAUGUGCUGCUCUUUUCCGAUAUCUGUUAAAUAAUUUGGUAUUUUGCUGCUUUUUGUCAUGCUCUUUGUACAAAUUUUUCUGUCAUCUUUGCUUUUCCCUCUUGCUAUCUACCCGAUUCUGUCCUAAGGGAUCUGCUGUGUCUGAUGCUCGUCCUCCAGCCUGUUUCUCACAGCUGAGUUUGUCAGUCACAACAGCUAGCAGGAACACGGAAUGUUUUCUUUUCUUUUUUUUUUUUCAUCUGUUGCUGGUAUCAAAGGGAUACACUUUAGACAUUUUGACUUAUGACACAUCUGUUCAAAAAUCUGCUAAGCUUCAUCAGGUUUGACAUUCCUGUUUGAAGUGACAAAAUACACAAAAAGAUUAUUUUUUAAUCAUAUUAAUUACAAAACUGUUUCUGGUCCAGCUAAAGCUUUCCAAACAGGGUAGUAUGCUUACACCACCAUACUUACUGAGAUAUUUAUAGCAGGGUCUCAUGUUAACUCAGCUGCUUUGCUUAUCUGUGUGUGCAUGCACACAUGGCUGUGCCAAUCUUAUUUCAGUCUAUCUGUGUCUCUCAGUGAGUGACAGUGGGACUUUGUGCCUUGUGCACAAAACUUUUUUUUUUUUAAUUCCUCAAAGGAAGCCUACAAGGUCCACAGUGGGAUUGUUUCAUUAUUUCACCUAUUUUCUUCACAACAACAAACAGACACAACUGGCUGAAUUGUAUGUGUGUGGGUCCUGUCCAAAAUGGCACUGUCCUCACGCUUAAAACUUUGGGAGCAGAAGAUCAAGAAUGAGAAGAAGCCGCUGCCGGCUACUCAACCUCCCCCUCCUCUUUCUGUUGUACCCGGAGGAUUCCUUAAGCAACUUGUGAGAGAGACAGAGAAGGAGACAAGACUGAAAGAACCCGAGCUCAAGGAAGAAAAGGCGCCAAGCAAACUAAGUGAGAACCUAGUCCAGCAGUUCCUGCUUCCAGACCAAACUCCACCCAUCUUGGAGGCAGAGAUAGCCCUCAGGGCAGAGCAAAUGGUCAGUGCUGCCUUGUGGGAGAGAAAAACAUCCUCCCCAAAACAGAUCCCAAGUCCAGACUCCAUGAACCAGAAAGACGACUUCAGAGUCAGUACACCAGUGGUCAGUGACCAUAAACAUGAGAACGGCUCCAACAUAUCAAAGUUUCCAGAGGUGUCAGUGGAACAAGAGAAUCCGAAAGAACAAGCGAUGGCACAACUGGAUGUGAAAGAGGUUAAGGAAGAGAAGAUCAGAGAAGUGAGGCAAGAGCCAGAGGGACAUCUUGCUGAUAGCACUCUAACAGAGGAAACCAAGAGACUUGUGAGGGAUGUUUGGUAUGAAGCUGGUACAGUGUGGUACGCGCAUAAAAAUGGCUUCACCCUUGCCACUCAGAUGAAGCCAGAUGAGGGCACACCUGAGCUCCCUUAUGGGAAAGUGAGGAUUCAACUCCACACAGAUGGCUCUGUACAUGAUGUCACACAGUACGAGAUCGAAAAGCUGAACCCACCAGAGCUGGACCUUUGUGAGGACUUGAGUCAAUUAAUGAGUGUGAAUGAGUCAAGCAUCCUGCACACUCUGGCCAGCCGAGCCAAAGCCCACAUGGCCCUAACACAGGCUGGACCAAACCUGUUGGCCCUCUGGCCUCCAUUAGCAACACCUGGCAAGGGGCUCCGAACCCAUCACUGGGACAAAUGGGAAGCUCCUUCUCUCCUGCAUGCAAUGGUACACAAGGUUUAUAUGUCUAUGGUGAGCCAAAGGAGGGAUCAGAGUGUGGUGGCCCUGGGUCGUAGUGGCACAGGAAAGACUACCUUGUGCCAAGCUUUUGCCCAGGAACUUCUCAAACACGCUGGCACAGAAGGAGAAAACGUUACAUUGGAGCGUCUCCAGGCCAUGUUCACUGUACUGCGCUCUUUUGGCUGUGUAAGCUCCCAUCACAGCGAGGCCUCCAACCGAUUUGCCAUGGUGCUUUCUCUGGAUUUCAACCAUAAAGGUCUUGCAGCUGCAGUACACCUUCAGACUAUGAUGCUGGAUAGGUGGAAGGUUUGCCAUAGGACUGAGGGAGAGAGCAACUUCUUAAUCUUCACCCAGAUGCUGGCAGGACUUAGUGCUGAAAUGAGGUCAGAGCUACAGCUUCACCAGUUACCAGAGAGCAAUAUAUUUGGCAUAAGUUGCCCCACCAAGGUGGAUGAGAAGCAGAGGGCUACAGUAGAAUUUGGAAGACUAUUAGCAGCCAUGAACACUCUUGGGUUCUCACCUGAUGAACAGCGGGCCAUUUGGCAUGUUCUGGCUGGAAUAUACCACCUAGGCAUGGCUGGGGCAUGCAAAGUUGGACGAAAGCAGUUCAUGAGUUUUGAGUGCGCUCAGGUUGCCAGUGCUGUUUUUGGCUGUGAGGGAGAAGAUCUUCACACUGCAGUAUUCAAACAUCACUUAAGGCAACUACUGCAGAGGGCCACUGGAGCCACUAGAGAGCGCCACAUAGCAGAGGAACAAGGGGAAGGUCCUAAACUGUCUGCAGUUCAGUGUGUGGAGGGCAUGGCGUCUGGUCUUUAUGAGGAACUGUUUACAGCUAUUGUUUCUCUGAUUAACAGAGCUCUGUGCUCCCAGCAGCUAACACUAGGCUCUGUGAUUGUGGUAGACACGCCAGGUCUACGUAACCCCAGACACAGUGGUAAAGACAGGGCUGCUGGCUUUUCUGAGUUUUGCCAUAACUACCUACAGGAAAGGCUUCUGGAGCACCAUUUCACACACACCUUCACAAAUGUUCUUGACAGAUGUACACAGGAGAGAGUGCCUGUAGAUUUUGAAGCCCCUGAGGACAGUCCUCAAAAUGUGGUGUGUGCUAUAGACCAACCAGGACUGCAGGUUCGAGGGCCAGAGGGUGACCCUCGUGGCCUUCUUUGGGUUCUAGAUGAGGAGCUAGUCACUCCCAAUUCUUCUGAGAACACUGUUCUGGAGAGGAUAUGUCAUUACUUCAGUGAUACAGUGCGUCUGUGUGAACAGCCUCUACAGUGCGAGAUUGCUCAUCUAAUGGGCUCUGAUCCGAUUCGCUAUGACCUAUCUGGCUGGUUUGGACUGGUCCAAAAUAACCCCUCUGCCCUCAAUGCUAGCUCCAUUCUGCAGAACUCCUCUAUUCAUGUAGUAAAAGCUCUGUUUGCUCAACGGGCCUCGGUUCCUCCUUUGUGUCGGUGUUUGGGUGGUGUUGAAGGAGGCUCACAGCGCUUUCUGGAGAGAAGUGGGAACGUGCGCAAGACCUUCACUGGAGGAAUGGCUGCCAUCAGGAGACACUCACACUGCAUCUCUAUUAAACUGCAAGUGGAUGCUCUCAUAAACCUGAUUCGUCGUGCACAGCCAGUUUUCCUACAGUGUCUCAGUGCUAAGGUUGAUGGUGGUGGCGUUGAUGUUCCUGCAUUACGCACCCAGCUACACGCAACCCACUUACUACCUGCUUUGCAACUGUAUCGUAUAGGCUACCCCGAUCAUAUGUCUCUGAGUGAUUUCCGCUGCCGCUUCCAGGCGCUGUCACCUACUGUAAUGAAACGCUAUGGUUCUGUCUUUAUCACUCCAAAUGAGAGAAAGGCAGUGGAGGAAUUAUUGAUCAAAUUGGAUCUGGACAAGAAGAGUAUUGUUCUGGGAGCAAGCAAGGUAUUCUUAAAACAUGGUGUGUUGAAAUUGCUGGCUGUGCAAAGGGAUGGCUUGGUCAACAACUGGCUGGUGCAGAUGCAGGCUGCCUGUUUGGGGCAUUUGGCACGGCAGAGAUAUCGCCGUCUGAAGGUGCAACAGAUGGCUGUGAGAUGUAUCCAGCGAAAUGUCCGUGUUCUGGACCGAGUCGCCUCCUGGAGUUGGUGGAAAUUGCUGUGUAGAAUGCGUCCUCUGCUGGACGUUAAUAUAGAUGAACACAAGAUCCGGGCAAAAGAGGAUGAGAUCAGUAUACUGAGGAGGCGACUAGAGAAGUCUGAGAAGGAACGUAUUGAACUUAGACAGACUGCAGACAACCUGGAGACCAAGAUAAUGGCUGUGGUAUCUGAGCUGAGUGAUGAGAGGUUUUGGGGAGAGGCUGUGAGUCAGGCCUUAGACACAGAGAGAGCAGAGAGACUUCGUCUCACCAAGGAAAACAAGGAGUUACAGGAUCGUUUGGAUCAGAGCAAAGUCACUGUGGAAGCACUAGAAAAGCAGCUGACUAAGGAGAAGCAGAGAGCCGAAAGCAAAGAGACACUGAGUGGCAUGGCUACAGAGGGUGAAUUACAGAUGCAGUUGGAUUGUGCACAGACAGAAGUGAAGUUUCUACGCAGACGUUUGCAUCAGACAGAUGAGAGGUUUGAGGUUGAGAAAGAUGCACGAGAACUGUUGGACACCAAGGUUUUGGAGCUGCAAGCCCAGCUGGAACAGUCAAAACGUAUGGUCACAGAGCUGAAGCGGCACUGCCGGCACGUGACUUCCGACCUGCAAGAUGCCCGUGUGCUUAUGGACAGCUUGCAGACACGCAUUCAUGACCUGGAUAGGAAGCAGAGGAGGUUUGACAGUGAGCUUACCAGGGCUCUAGAGGAAGCAGAUAAUGAGAGAGAGCAAAAGGACAAGGCCAUUCAGGAGAAUAUAGCUCUGGGAGCAGAAAUCUUUUCUCUCCAUCGGACUCUGAAGAAGGAGAGUCAGCUGGAGGUAGAACACUUGCAGUAUCAAAAACAAGAGCUUUGUGCUCAGAUCCGAGACCUCACUUUGACCCUGAACCUUGGUUCAGACUCUGUGCCUGAGCUGAAGAAACAACUACGUGAACUUGACAGCAGAGAUAAGGAGCGUGCUCAGGAACUUGCCAACAUGACAGUAAAAAUUCAGCAACAGGAACAGAUACAUCUACGCUUUGAGAUAGAGAUGGAGAGAAUGAAGCAGAUCCAUCAGAAGGAGCUGGAGGACAAGGAUGAGGAGCUAGAGGAUGUGCAGAAGUCUUCACAGAGACGGCUCAGGCAGUUAGAGAUGCAGAUGGAACAAGAGUAUGAGGAAAAGCAGAUGGUAGUGCAUGAGAAACAUGACUUGGAAGGAUUGAUCGCAACUCUGUGUGAACAGGUGGGCCACAGAGAUUUUGAUGUGGAGAAGCGACUCCGGCGAGACCUGAAACGUACCCAUGCGCUGCUCAGUGAUGCCCAGCUGCUACUAUCUACAAUGGAGCAAACUGGCCAGGGGCAGGCCCCGGGAACCAAGGAGCAGUUGGACAGACUGCAGUGUCAGCUGAAGGACAGUGAGGCACGGCGUUUAGAGGCUGAGAGUGUGCAGAAAACUCUUGCUAUGGAGCUGGAGAAUGCUCAGCUGGAGCUGGAGAGCAUCUGCAAACACAAAAGCCUGGUGGAUGAACAGUUGACUCAGCUGCAGUAUGAGAAGGCUGACUUCCUGAAGAGGCUGGAGGAAGACCAGGAGGACCUGAAUGAACUCAUGAAGAAACACAAAGCCCUUAUUGCACAGUCUUCUAGUGACAUCACUCAGAUACGGGAGCUGCAGACAGAGCUGGAAGAAGUGAAGAAGGAGAGACAGAGUCUACAGGAGCAGCUGCAGUCAAGUGCAGCACACUUGCAGUUCCUGGAGUCUUCCACAGUAGCUCGGAGUAUUGUGAGCAAGCAGGAGGCACAUGUGUGUGACCUGGAGAACAAGCUGGAGUUCCAGAGAGGCCAGGUCAAGAGAUUUGAGGUUCUAGUUCUGCGUCUGAGGGACAGUGUGGUGAGGAUGGGCGAGGAGCUGGAGCAGUCUGCUCAGGCUGAGGCAAGAGAGAGAGAAAACUCACAUUACUACCAGCAGAGGCUGGCAGACAUGAGGCUAGAGAUGGAGGAUCUAAGCCUCAAAGAGCAGGAGAGUAGCCGUCGGCGCAUGGAGCUGAGUCCUGGCUGGAUGAGUCUGUCCCGGAUACCGAGGUUAGCCUGGACGGUUUUGAAAUCUUUCGGGCAGACAGAACCAGUAAUUCGGGGAAAGAGCGGGAAGGUGGGGUGUGCAUGUACAUCGACUUGCGGUGGUGUACUAACAUCAAAGUAUGCAUGUACAUCGACUUGCGGUGGUGUACUAACAUCAAAGUAUAUGGGAAAUCUUUUAAUCCGGACAUGGAACUGCUCACCCUGUCCGCCUGUGCCUUUUACCUCCCCAGGGAGUUCUCAACUGUUGUGCUUAGCUGUGUUUUUGUUCCACCAACCGCUAACGUCAAGGCAGCGGCUGAGCAGAUGGUACAUAAUACACAGACUAUGCUCAGAAAAUACCCCGAUGCUCCAGUACUACUUCUUGGUGACUUGAACAGCUGUCGGCUUGAUUACGCAUUGCCAGCCUUCAAUCAAUAUGUAGAUGUACCAACAAGAUUUAAUAAAACUAUAGAUUUGUGUUACAGUAAUAUCCCGGAAGCCUAUAAAGCUAGAGCUCUCCCACUGCUAGGAUUAGUGGAUUAUAAUGUUAUCCAUUUACUUCCUGUUUACAAACAACGGAUGAAACAAUGCAGGCCGGUAAUACACAGCGUUCCUCAAUGGUUGGAGGAUGCUAUUGCAUGCCUUCAAGGCUGCUUUGCAUGUACAGAGUGGGAAGUCUUUGAGGGAGAGCUUGAUGAGCAGACUUCAGUUAUUACUGAUUACAUUAAAUUCUGUAUGGAUUCCUUGAUACCGGUAAAGACUACCAGAACAUCCCCAGAUUCAAAACCAUGGAUCAACUCAUUGAUAAAAUCUCUUUUCCACAAGAGAAAACUUGCCUUUAAGCAGAAGGACUUUGCUGGUCUCAAAAUCAGACACCAGGACAUCAAAACUGAAAUAUUUAAGGCUAAAAAGAAGUAUAAAAACAAAUUGGAGCAUGACUUUGCAAAUAUGAACACCAAACAGGCUUUUCAGCGAGUCAGGUCUCUUACUGGACAAGCCGUUAAACAGACUGUUUCUGUACCAGAUCCCACCACCAUUGCUGCUAAUCUUAAUAAUUUCUAUGCCCAUUUUGAUGCUUCUGAUUUUUCAGCAGAGUGUGAUAGCCUUUUGGAUUCUUUGCCUUCACAAGAGCUGGAUUAGGAGUCCCUUCCAACUAAGCAGGAUUUCGAUUUCCAGCUAAUUAGGUGAAAACUGAAUAAGGCUCCCGGGCCAGGUGGAACUCCAGGUCGGGUCUUGAAAAAUUGCACUCUGGAAUUAACCCCCAAUCUUCAUUCUCCUUUUCUUCGAUCACUUUGUACUUCAACAAUACCAGUCACAUGGAAAACAUCAGUUUUUAUUCCUGUUCCCAAAAAACCUCAUCCAACAGAGUUAAAUCACUACAGGCCAGUAUCAUUAACGUCGAUCAUAAUGAAAUGCUUUGAGAAAAUGGUUCAAAACAUUAUGCUUCCAUAUGUUUCACCCUUUUUGGAUUGCCUCCAAUUUGCAUAUAAGUAGAAGAGAGGUACAGAGGAUGCAGUGGCUUGUCCCUUGCACUGUCUUCUUCAACACCUGGAUAUUCCUGGUUUUUAUGCCAGACUUCUUUUCUGACUUUAGCUCCGCCUUUAACUCAAUUCACUGUCAUCAGCUAAUCAAGAAACUGUAGUGUCUGCAAGUUCCAUCACCACUAGU